GCAGGGCUUGGGAAGGGAGCCGAUGCCCCGUGGGGAAGUUGGGAAGUGCCGCGCUCGGGCAGCAGCACUUCGUUCCCAGCGGCGCUGCGGCGGGUCGUGUGGCGGAGCGCCCGGAGCCUUCGUCCCCGCCGCUCUACGGGCAUCGCCGCUCAGCCGCGCGGUGCAAGCGCAGAGGGAUAGGCUGUAGGGCCAGCAGCAAGCUCCAGCUGUUUCCUGAGGAAAAUGCAGGUUCUUCUGCGGGAAAUGCAGGAUUCCCACAGCCGCAGGGCAUAUCCACAAGCUUCAAUCCCAGGGAAGCGUCCCACGGCCGCAAGGUACUUCCCUGGUAUUGGAGCUUACGGAGGCGCGCCAUCGGCGGUACUUUCUCGGCAGCUGAUUGUGAGCACUUUCACUCGGCUGCCUUGUAAAUCUGCUUAAAUAGAGGUCAGAUGUUGGGCUGUGGUUAUGGACCCGGGGGUGUGGGGUACGAGCACAGAAUAAUAGCACUCGUUGCUCAUGUGUGUGUAAGACGUUGCAGAAACUGCUUAGACCCAGCCAAUAUUGACUUAUUUUUAGAUGAGCUGUUCCUUUUUCUGGCAACUUGACUAAUAGAAUGCUUAAUGGCAAAUGUUCCCAUUUCUUUCCUGCAAGUGUGGCCUCUGAAUAGCCACAAUUUACUUUUCACAUUUUAAACUGUAGUGGUGAUCAGAAACAAGUGAAGGAGGAGCAGUUACUGGCUGUGCAUCUUGUGCUGAGGUUUAUCAGCAAUAGAUGUUUAGAGACUGCUGUUCAACCUCCUUGACCAGGUCUUCUGGCUUCCUCCUACCACCCAGCCCUUGUAAGGAGAGGCACAGCAAGAAGCUGUGUGUGGUGGCUGAUGGCUGCCUGCCUUCAUUUCUUUCUAGUGGUGCUGGUGAUGCAGGAGUACGAGUACACCUGUUUUAGUCAAAACAACACUUGCGGAUGAGAGCAAAAGGUGUGUCCUUUUCAGGCAGUGCUUGCUUCCUUGCUAAGUGGUGAUGAGGUGUUCUGGUGGAGCCCGUGGGUACAGCAAAAGUGAGCAGAGCACUGCUCAUUCCUGAGAUAACUGCAUUGGUUAAUGUUCAUGAAGCAGGGACUGCCAGGGUCUGUCCCUGUGAGCAGCCAAAAGUGGGGAGAAGAGGAGAGGGCAGCCUUGUCCCAGCAGACUGCAGCAAACCAGUGGAUGGCAGGGGAAGAGAAGAAGCUGUUGUGCGUGGAGUAGUAGAGUGACAAAAUAGCUGCAGCUUCUUAAUGCUGCUUGUUGAUCUGUGGGAAAACUCCCGAAUGUGCCGUGGCUCAUGCUCCCUAACGGAAUGCAGGGCUGUUGCUGGGCGGUUUUGCUCUCCCUGUAACAUCGUGAGCCUCCAGCUUUUCAAGAAUGAGGGAUGGUGAACUCAAAGGCGCUAGCUUGAAAUAUCUUUGAUUUCUCAAUUAACACCUGCAGUUGUGAAGCGGCAGUAGGAGGAGGGCGAGCUGCCCCUCCCACGCCCAGUGCCACAGGGGAGCACUUCUGCCCUUACGAGCAGUUACAGCGCUCUGUGUGCUCGGUGCCUGACGCUGGUGGCAUUUCUGCAAGCACACCUCGGCGCUGUAGAGGGCAGAUUGUGUGAGCAGACAGGUCCACGUCACCGAGCAGCUCCGGAGUGCUUCAGAGGACAAAUAAUCCAUCUAGCUCAUGGAACUGACACGCUCCUGGUUCCUCAUGGGACUUUUCUCUGACUGUUCAUCGUUGCCUUAGUGAGAGAAUUCAUACCACGCUGUUCCACAGCGACGAGAGGGAAACAUGGCCCAAGCACCUGAUGACCCCAGCAGUGCGGAAGCUGGGGACCCUGAGGAGAGCUCCCCAAACAUGAUCGUCUACAGGAAGAUUGAAGACAUCAUUACAAGAAUGCAGGAUGACAAAACAGGUGGAGUUCCCAUCCGAACUGUCAAGAGCUUUCUGUCCAAAAUCCCCAGUGUCGUCACAGGUGCUGAUAUUGUGCAGUGGCUUAUGAAGAACCUCAGCAUUGAGGAUCAAGGGGAAGCAAUACAUUUGGGAAGUCUUAUUGCUGCACAGGGUUAUGUCUUUCCAAUCUCAGACCAUGUCCUUACCCUGAAAGAUGAUGGGACAUUCUAUCGUUUUCAGGCACCAUACUUUUGGCCUUCAAACUGCUGGGAGCCAGAAAACACAGAUUAUGCCAUCUAUCUUUGCAAACGGACCAUGCAGAACAAAGCUAGGCUGGAGCUGGCCGAUUAUGAAGCCGAAAACUUAGCAAGACUUCAGAGGGCGUUUGCAAGGAAGUGGGAAUUCAUCUUCAUGCAAGCUGAGGCCCAAGUGAAAAUCGACAGGAAAAAGGAUAAAACAGAAAGGAAAAUUUUGGACAGCCAGGAAAGAGCAUUCUGGGAUGUGCACAGGCCUGUGCCAGGCUGUGUGAACACCACAGAAAUGGACAUUAGAAAGUGUCGUCGUAUGAAAAACCCACAGAAGGUGAAAAAGUCAGUGUAUGGGGUUACAGAGGAAUCUCAGCCCCAAAGCCCUGUACAUGUGCCCUCCCAACCCAUACGCAAAACUACAAAAGAGGAUUUCCGGAAACAAAUAACUUUUCUGAACCUGCAGAUAGACAGGCAUUGUUUAAAGAUGUCCAAAGUAGCAGAAAGUUUAAUAGCCUACACAGAGCAGUAUGUGGAAUAUGACCCCUUUAUCACUCCUGCUGAGCCUUCCAAUCCCUGGAUAAGUGAUGAUGCAGCUUUGUGGGACAUUGAAAUGAGCAAAGAACCUAGUCAGCAGCGUGUGAAAAGAUGGGGCUUCUCCAUGGAUGAGGUGCUGAAGGACCCAGUAGGCCGAGACCAGUUCCUUCGUUUCCUGGAAUCAGAGUUCAGCUCAGAAAACCUCAGGUUUUGGUUGGCUGUCCAAGAUCUCAAAAAACAACCUUUACAGGACGUGACCACCAGAGUGGAGGAAAUCUGGCAAGAGUUUCUAGCUCCUGGGGCCCAGAGUGCUAUCAACCUGGAUUCCCACAGCUAUGAGAAAACAAGCCAAAAUGUCAAAGACCCAGGGAGAUACACAUAUGAAGACGCACAGGAACACAUUUACAAGCUGAUGAAGAGUGACAGCUAUGCGCGCUUCCUCCGUUCAAAUGCUUACCAGGACUUAUUGCUGGCAAAGAAGAAGCCAGAGAAUGAGCAAGGUCGUAGAACUUCUCUAGAAAAGUUCACUCGCAGCGUGGUAAGUUCUUUUUCUUCUCCCUCCUCCCUUUCCUCAGAACUCCAUUUUUCAUUGGGGGGAAUGCGGAUGCUUAACUUUUUAUUUUAUCUUUAUGUUUGCAGAUAGCAUCUUGGCAGCUUCUCUUUUAGUACUGUAGCUCAUCUAAAUAGCAGCUCUGAAAAUGGGGCGGGUGGGGAGCAGAAUUCCAUCACGAUGCUCAUUCCAGCUAAUCAUCGAUGCAAAAGCAAAUUGAUUUGUGUCUAGAAUUAAAUGGAUGGAUGUCUUUUUGCUGUGUGCCCACUACAGUAUUUGUCCUGGCUUUUCCUUGCACAGAGAAUCAGAAGAGCAUGAUUCUAGUAGCAGCAUUUUAACGGUAUCCAUGCUGACCUCCAUGCAUGGUUCAUGCUACCACGUAUAUAUAUAUAUAUAUACAUACAUAGCCACCCAAUACACUGCAGACGCUCCCUCUGUUGCCCCCAUUUGUCAAUACUCAUGUAAGUAGUGGUGGAUGAAACCCUUUAACUUGCUCAUAGUACCAGCACCUGAAAAGGAAUGUGGUAACAGCAAGAAACGUGAUGCUGUUAAGCCUCUUAGAUAAGGGGAUGCUGAGACCUCAAGGGCAGCGGGCAGAGAUCCUCUCCUCUCAUCCUUCACCAGUCUCUGACCUCCAGCUACUUGGGCCCUGAUGAUUUUCUACAGAAAGAGAGCAAUGCUUGGCUUCCUUCUGCUCCAAGUUUUAUGCAUGUAUCAUGGGGUGCCCCUGUCCUCCCAGGGGUGCCCGCCUGUGCAGUAGCACAGCCAGCUUGGUGGGAAGGGCUGGCAGAGGUAGGGGAAGGGUGUAAGAUGGGAUCAGCAGUGUUCAUGGGGCGGUAGAGAGCUAACACUGAAGGUGUAUCAACAUAGUUGUUCUGAUGUUGCUUAGUAUCAAGUAUGUUUUGACUUGAUACGCCGUAUGGUUUUGGCAUACUGCUGUGAUAUUCAGCUUUGUAACAAAGAUGUUGGACCGUGUAUAUACAGAACAUAUGCUUGCAUUUAUGUCUCUCUAUGUAUUUAUGUAUAUUAAUAUAUAUACAUGCUAUAUAUGUACACACGGUGUAUAAACAUAAAACAUUGGUACAUCCAGAUAGAAAAGGGGAAACUGCAGGUAAGUGUGAGCUAUCAUAUAGCAGAUAAACCUGAAGGGGUUCUUUCUGAUGCAUAUACAAACCAAAUGCAGAGCUUUGUAGUAUCUCCUCUGGCAGGCUUCCUGAGGAAUGUAUUUAUAUAGCUAAUGCAUAUGCACACAUUUAAAGUAUGUUGAUACAAAAUAUAUCACUAUGCCCAUCUGCAUAUUUACUGCUUUGUAAGAGAUUGCCAGAAAGAGGAACAGGCAAGAUUUUUUUUUAAAAUAAACUAUGCUGAAAUAUUUACACUGAGUAGCAAAUUCUGCUCCCAGAUUCACCAUUCAGGCUUUGAGAAGUCCUCAAAAAUACAUGGGCAGCGCAGCAGUAGGGUAGACACAGCAGUCCCUGACCCCUUCAGCCCUGUGCUUGGCUCCUGGGUGUCAGAGGUCAGAGGUGUAAAGCUGGACUCAACUUUCUGUGUGCUCAAGGGAUGGGGCUGGUCUCAAGGAGCCACGCUCACUCUGGGCAGCACACUGCAGAUCUGACAGUCUGUUGCACCAGAGCACUUACUAAUCCACCUCAUUUAAAAUAUGAUGGCACUGCGCACGGUGGCAGGUUUAUCUUAUUACAAUUUUCCUUUCGAAUACAGCAAGGAUUGACAUUAUGAAAGCAGAGUUAGCCUGUCUUCUCUCCCAAGUGAAGAUAAAUGACAUCAUAAAAAUCAGACAUCAUGUAUCAUAUAUGUUAUAAAUAAUACUUGUUACUGAGGUAAUAACUUAAUUUUAAAGACAUACAUACACACAAAUCCAUAUAUCUACAUCUCUCUCUUCUGUCAUAUCUGAUCAUCUUACUAAUUAAAAGGAGCCUGCUAUACUAUUUUUAGCUGUGCAGUCUCAGCCUAGCUGUUUAAACCACAGUAGUUUCCCAUCUGCUUUAGAAAUGAUUUAAUAAUCAGACAGAAGCUUAGUUCUUAUAAGCUGAGAUGAUCCUUCAGGGCCAAGAGCGGAAGGAAAAUAUAUUUUAAUGAGUACGUUUAGGGAAACCACUGGUGUUCUUAUCUUGCAGAGGAAGCUACCAAAUCUCUUCCCAACUUGAGCUGGUGGCCAUUUAAUGAAAGAGGAAACAAGAGGGUUUAUUAUUAUUUUCCUUUGUUGCACCUUGCAGCAUCCUGAGUUCUCUCUCUAAAGCAGCAGUGGUUACUCAGCAAUAACAGGGAUUAUGGGAAUACUGGCCUCAGCAGGUAACUUCAAGUGAUAAACCUGGGCCAUGAUAUUCUGACUUGAUUUUGAACUUCUAAAAAUCACGCUAUUCCAAGGGAGGAAUCUCCCCGGUAAGUAAACUGGUGUUAAAGUUUCCAACUCAGUAUUGAGGCACUGACCCAGUACUAAGCAGAUCUCUGCAUUUUAUUCCUAGCUGUUUAUGAGCAAAAGGCACACACAUGGCUUUUGAGAGCGCCAGAGUUCUCAAUCUUUAUGCUUUAAGAAAGUUGCCAGAUAUUGGAUAUAGUGUUUGUUUGGAAUUGUUUUAACUUCUGUCUGAACCAGUUGACAUUGUAUGCUGUUAGUUGUUGUGUUCCUGGGCUGAGAAAGCUCUGUACCUGAAUAAGACAAAAAAGUUCCUGCUUGUCUCUUCCAUAGAUGGAAUAUGAGAGAAGAGUGGUAGGACCUGGCAGCUCCCAGGCAAAACCAGCAGCUGCUAUGGGGGGACAAAAAUGCAAAUACCGGACUUUGGGCUACAUAUUGGAGCCUAUGGGACAUCUCUUACCUGUGUUUUCUUUGUCCUACCUCCUUCCUCAAGCAAUAGUUGGCCACUGCAGCGUAUGCUCUGGCGUGAUUUGUAGAGGCACAUCAUAGCUGCUUGCAGCCUAUGGUUGCGUAUGGUAAACUGCGGCCUGUAUUUUAUCUUUCAUUGUUACACUUCUUUCAUAAGAAAUGAAAUAUUUAAUAGGAAAAGGAGCCCUCCUGGUACCUUUUAGGGGAAAUGUAAGUAUGCAGUGAGGCUAAAAUACUCAGGAAAUUUACUUUAAAUUUAGCAUAGUAGAAGACAUCAGGUACAGAAGAGAGAUGUGCUGUGAAAUGUAUCCAAGGAAACUCACUACAGAAAGAAUGCAGUGAAGGAAGAGGUGGUCUGUGUUCAGCCUGCAUGGGGACCAGGCUGUAGUUUAAGAAUACAAGAAUAGAACUUCUCUAAUAGGCUUUCAUUUAAAGGAUCUUGGACGUUAUGAAUGGAGCAUCUUGUGCGGGACAGCAAGUCAGUGAAGACCAAGGAUAGUCUCCAUUCCCAGACAUAGGUGAAUAUCUGAAUUGACAGAGGGUCUCAGCUUCAUUAGCUAUAUGAGACAGAACUGCAGGAGGCAGCAGGCAGAGGCUGGUCAGCACGAGCUGCUGUAAGUCCCUGAGGUAGCUGCACCUGGGUGUUUGCAUUCUUAUCCAGGAGCCUCGCAGGCGGAGUCCCACGCAUAAUUUCCUGGUGACUGUGAAGCCAGUGUCCCUCUGUGGUUUCUUAUGGAGGGAUGAGUUUUCUAGGAACAAGAAUAUUACUGGAGAUCCUAUAUUUGAUAUAUGUUUUAUAUAUUUUAUAUAAUUUCUGCCUGGUGUCUGAAGUGCAUUCCUUCUUGCAGUGAUUCAAACUGCAUAUUCACAGUAGCACUUCCUCCACUUUAGUUUUCUGGUGUCUCUUAGUGAUUUCAUGCUGCACUGUCCUUGACUCAGGCCUGUAUGUGCAUCCCAAUUCAGCAUGGUGAAGCUACAGUACUCUGCAAAACGUUAAGUCCCAUGUUUAGACCAUGUUUAUCUAUUCCCUUGCAUUAUGCAGCUGCUAUAGCCUCAGUAUUUACCCUGCCUACAUGGUUGUCCCUUCCUAGAUGCUCUCAGCGGUCUCCUCCUCCAGCUAUGUCUUGUUACCCCUGCUUCCACUUUCCUGUAUUCCCAAUCCUUGACUUCAUCCCUUGGCUACUGCUACUGCCCCAUGCUGUUCAAAUUUUUAUGUCUUCUUGUUUUGUCUGCUGUUGGAUCAAAGUCCAAGUCACGCUCUGACUGUCCUAGUCCUUAUUCUUAAUUCAUGAGUAUGAAGUCACACAUGUAAAACGUAUCAAUAGGGUCUUACCUUUCUCAGGUGAACUGUCUAUUUUGUGCAGCUGUAUGUCACUGUGAUGUAUUACAAAUACUAACCAUGAACACAGUUCACGGCAUAGGACUGGAGGAGGAAUUGCUACCUGAUAUCAUAAGGUCUUUCUUUUUAGCUGGCUCCUUGAUAAUGUCACAGAACUGUCACACACUUACCAGCUUUUCUACUUUUUCACUUUCACAGCUCUACCUAAUUGCAUAAAUAGAUAACUGCAUUUGAGGGAAUGGAAAGUAUUCAUGACCUGCAAUAUAAUAAAGCCAAAAGUUUAAGCCGUUAUGGCUAGGAAAUACAGUGAGAUAAAGUGUGGAUAGUAGAAGGUGAUACCCUGAGAUGCUGAUGAAAGGGGUGUCAGGAACAGACAGCUAAAAGGGAAGGAUGUAGGAAUGGUUGCCAAAGCUUCUUAGAUUUGGCACCAAGAAAAGCCAUCUGGAAAAAGGGUUAUUUUUAUCUUGGGAUGAUGUCUUACUUAAAAAGAAAAUUUGCUUGUCCCAGUACUCAAGUCAUUAACAAAUACUGUCUCUACUGAGAAAAGGUACUUGCGUUCUGUAGGUAUGGGAAGUACCAGAACAUACCUGAAGCAUGAGGGGACCCAGUGUGCAUUGACAACUUGCCUGUUAUUAUGUACAGUAACCGGUCAGUGGCUUGCCCUGCCGAGAGCAGCAUGCCUGGGGUGUAAGUGCACACACUGAUAGGUUGCUGCAUGCUCGUGUGCAUCACAUCUGUUCCUGGUACCCACAUAGUGCCCUACCUGUACAAUGUGUGGGCUGGAUAGGUUUACACUGCACGCUCAGUUCAGGAAAUGGCGGGUUGCAUGUAUUGCAUGUGCAUUGCUUUAUCUAUUCGGUAUGCAGGUCUACUUCAAAAGAAAAGUAUUCUUCAUUUCUCAUGGGUAAGUUACUCUUUACUUCCCAUCCUUAAAACGCUGCUGUGUGGUUCUGCUGGCACAGGAUGGCUGCUGCGUUGGCCCCAGAGGUCGCUGCUCCUGCCCUGGGUGAGUGAUCCCUGUGUGCACCGUCUUUGGGAUCCUUCUGGAUGAAAGGCCCUAUGUGGAGUUCGGGAUAUGCUUACUAUUCAUUUACUGCCUUUUAUUUCAGCUGCAUACAAAUUCUAGAAGAUAAAACUGUACCUUCCGCAUGCUGCAGUUACUGAGUCAUGACCUCAGCAAGGAUUUCUGGGGAGAGGGCUUGGGCCCUUCUCUGAUUUCAGCCGGGCUGAUAUUCCAGCACCAACAGGCAGCACCUUUCCAAGCAGGCAUGCUGCAGCAGGGAUGGGCUGACACCUAGAAAGGCCCUGUAAAACAACCAGGGAUGGGACAUUUUAAGGCAGGUUCUCAAACACUACCGAGCUGCACUUGCCCAGGCAGUUCUCUAUUGGACAGGGUCUGGGCUAUCUGCCCCAUGCAGCAGCAUGGUGAGCACUUGGCCCUGGUACUGUGUGGUCUCUUAAGGCCAUCCCUCCACAAGAUGAGUUGGAGCAGUCCACAGACUGCUUGAACUAAUCCCAGAAUGAGCCCUAACACGUUCUCAGAAACACAGGACCCAAACUGCUCCCCGGCAGAAGAGACUCUUCUUCCUGGUGCUGCUGGGAAGGCAGAGGAGAGUUCCAACAUUCACGGAGCUGCUUGAGGAGCAGGUGAGUACUGGGCUCAUGUAUGUUCCUUGUUUGCUUUACAUGUAGUGGUGCACCAGGGAUUUUGAAAGUAAAGUGUGGCAAAUGCUUAGAAAGCAUGGGAAAAUCUCAAAAAAUAAAGCAGGGGUGGAUGAUACCAAUUUUAAUUGGCCUACAGUGCUGAUAUGCUUUUAUAUCCCAUCAUAUACAUUGAAAAAGAAAAUGGGGAUGUCAGAUUUAGAAGCCUGACCCUGGUUAGCAGAAUUGUGACCAGCAGCAGUGCAAAGCAAGUCAGGCAUCUUGGUACCAGCAGCGGGCUCACACUGCUCAGCGUUGGGGUGACUCUUGAGACUGUGCUGGUGGGAAUGGGCGAGGAUCCUGCACGCUGCUGUCAUGCUUGCCCUCUACAGCAGCUCUAGUGUUCAGUCUGUGUCAGCAUGGAAUUGGUCUUGUCCAUGACAUUUUGUGUGCUUAUUUAUGUGAUAUCUGUUCAUAGUUUCUGUCUGUGUUUAUUUUGCAUUGAACUAUUUUCCUUUAUUGUUUAUGUUUUUAACUGUUUUGUAUUUAACUUUGUUAAUUUGUGUUACUUAUUUUAUGUUUGCAAUGUAUCUUUUCAUGAAAAAAAGAUCUAAUAAAAUAUAUUUUUUUAAAUAACACAAGAAUAACAUUUCCCCAAGAUCUAUUCUAACACUGAAAUUCAAGGAGGGCUGGCAGGGCUCGGGCCCUGGAAAUCUCCUCCUUCGGGAGUUAAGUUUGGUGACAGGACGCUGCCUGCCUACUCCCAGAGUUCUCAAAGUACAGCAGCUGAAAGUUACAAAAUUGUGCAGUGUCUGUCAACAUGUGAAAAGGCUCAAAUUGCAGCUGGUGGAAGAGAUUUGCUCACCUGCAGUGGGGCACAGAGCAGCCCCAGUCCUCUGCUGCGGUCUUACAGAGGGAUGGGGAAAUACUGCUCUGCCCCAGGAAAGCGAUGCUUCUGGUUGGGAAAGGGACAGCACCAGAGGGCAGAAGGGGAUGAAGAGCCAUCAGUGGAGUUAGCUGUAGCAGAGUCCUAAGUGAGUGAGUGAGGAGCACAGAGUGGAGUGGCACAACAGUGCUUGGUUUGUGUUGCCAGUGCUGGAGCACCAGAAGCGUCCCACGCGCUUCCUCCGCCCCGCUACUGGGGACAAACACUGCCUGCUGUCCAGGUAAGUGUGUGAUGGGGUGCAUGGGAGUGCCGGCCUCUGCAUGCUGGUGGUGGUGAGCGACUGCAUGUUGUGCACGUGAGCUGUGCUCUGUGCUGGGCACAGCACACCACUUGUGUGAAACCCACAGGUAUGGGACAAAGCUAAACUGUCUACUUAUAUUCAGAAAAAAAGAUAGUUUACAGCCUCUGGCUUCUCUCCUAGCUGGGCAAAGUGCUGACUUCGGUAGAGGAAAGCAAAGAGCAGGGUGGAAAGUGAUGGCUCGUAUGAGAGAUUUGAAAGGAGAUCUGCUUCCUUUUUGUGUCAAUCCCAGAUGUGUUGGUUUUUUUUUUCCCCUCUUAUUUGGCUUUUUGUCUAUGUUAAGUUGCUGCAUUCUGCUUCAUUCGGAUAAUUGCUAAUUGUAUUUUAUAUUUUAGUUUUUGUUUUGUAUUUUAGCUGCUCAGGAAAUGCUCAGCCGUAGAAGGUGCUGUGCACAUCCAGCAGCCUGCGGUUCACUUCAGCAGGCUGUGGUGAGAGCCCUGCCAGUCCCAGGAGUCGGGCAGGCUGAGCAGGAGGGUGGGCCCCAGAGCUUGGAAGCUGCCUUCUGGAGGGAAAUUUGAGAAAGUUCAUUAAGAAUACCCUGAGUUUUUCCUUGGGUUACUCCAGGCUGCAUGCUGCCUCUAAAACCUGAGGCUCCUGCAGUCAGGGGGUGAAGAAUUCACCGAGCUGCACAGAGAGAACUGGAAGGUUCUCCAGGAGGCAAUGAACGCAUGUGUGACCAUUGUCAGAGAGCUGUGUGACAGAAAAAAUGAGAAAAGGCUCCCUGUAUCCAGCAGGACACACAGCAUAUGACCUGCAACACAAGCCAUAGCAUGUGCACUAUGCUUUUUGAGCAACAGCAGGCUGAGUUUUUAACUGUUGUAGCCCUAAUUACUAGCGACAAGUAUUUUGCAACUGGAGGACGGGAGACUUCUUCAUAAACUGUAGAGCCCGUGUAAAAAGUUUCCUUCUUUUAUCCACUCUCCUUUUCCUUCAGGUUACUCAGUGUAUAUGUAUGAUAAAGAAGCUCUGUAGUGCACUGAGCUCAAGACACUGUGCUCUGUCAGCACAGCUUAGGUGAAACUUCUCCUGGAAAUAAGGCAGGAGCUAUAGAAAUUUUUGUGCAGUGGGGAAAAGAGAGUUAGAAAUGUGGGCCAGCAGCUGGCUUCCUGCUAAACAAAGACGUGGAAAGAAAAAAUCAUUUAUUUUGGUUGAGCCUUUUUAAAGAUAAUGUGAGGUCCUUUGUAACAACCUGAAACUAUCCAUCGAUGAUCUCACUGAGAGAAUCCUGACCCAAUGCCUGGUCAGACUCAAAAGGACCCUUGAAGUUCUCUGGCACACUUUGCACCCAGCUAUGAAGUGGUGUGACCAUGUCUCCAGAGCAGCCUCCACCCACCUGACACAGACGUUCAUGCACGGCCAAGCUGCAAAGACCCCUCAGAGCAAGGCAUCAGAGAUUUUCCUUCUAGGCAGGAGCCACCCUUUGGCUGCAAGAUACAGGGAUGUGUCAUACCCCUGCCAUCUGAGGGGACACAGGCUAGCCUCGCCUGUCACCCGGACACCCCACUGCAGGGACACUUCUUUCCAGAGACACAGAAGCAUGUCACAUGAGCUGGGGUUUAGGUUGUAUCCUCUAUCUGGUGAAAAGCAAAAUAUAGCACUCGCAAAUGUGUUGUGUCUCCUUCUGGACUCCAUGCUACAGCAGCCUGGGAAGGUUAAAAAGAAAAGAAAGAACAGGGGCCAGUUGGAAUAUCUUUGAGAAGAGAAUCCCAAACCAGAUGCCUGCAUCGCAGCAACCUCCAGCCUGCAGGUGUUUACUCCAUUCAGGCCCCAAAAGUGAGGCUGAUCCUCACUUCUGCCUUGGGUUGGAACAAAUGUGCCUGUGGCUGGAGGCCACCGAGGAACCAAAGCAGAGCAGUAGGUAUGCUAAAGCUCUCUCAGCGUUAACCCAUGUGUGCUGGCUCCUCUCUCCACCCACCUUGCUGCUGUUGUGCCAGCCAGGACUAGGCCAGGCCCAUGGGCUGGAGCCCACUGCAAAGCCAGGAGCUGGGCCUGCAGUGCCAGAGGAAGCCGUGAGAGAUAGCUGCAGCAUCUUGCACUGCCAAACUGGAUGCUGAGGCAGGAGCUGGCAUGUUCCCAGCCGCCUGCCACAGAGAAGAUAACAGAGAAGCUGCCUGGCUGCCAUUGUCUAGGGCCUAGCUGAAUGGCCAUUAUACAAACCCAAUGUUUAUUCAUUGUUUUUUUUUUCCUAAGGAACUAUCCAAAUAUGGGUAGAAAUAUUUUUUCCUAAAACAAGCCAUGUUAUGCCUCCAGAAGUUAACAUCUGGAUGUUUACCUUCUUUUCCUUCAAAUGGGGUUUAAGAAUCAAUACUUCCUCGGCACCCUUUCACUGGUGUUCCUAAUGACAGCGCGUGCCAACCAUGCCUGCAGUUCCUGCAAAGGACUUACACACCCCCUGGGAUUGCACUGGCCCAAGCUCCCCAGGAGCACAUUAAAAAAUGAGAAUAACCAGGAAUUUGAUUUACAGUGAAAGAAAAUAGGCUUACCUUAAAUGGCAGCAGUGCCGCACAGCAGCUGGGCUCCAGGAGAGAGCCUGCAGGAUGGUGGUGGUGGCAUUCCCAUCCCAGGAGGGAUGGCCCAAGUGAUAGCAGUGUUUGUCACAGCAGAGCGUGGUCAUGUUAUGUUCUGUGUAUUUGGGCAGCCCAGAAAUUUCUUGGUAAAAGCUGCACAUCUGAGUGGUGACAUCAGGCUUCUGCAGAGAGCUACUGUGUCUUCCUGCUGUAGUCCUGACUGGGAAGAGAUGAGGAAACAGAGAGACUGGGGGGUCCUUUUUUUCUUAAAAUGUUAGGGUGUUAAACUAGAGAAUAGACCUGGAUCUGUUCAAACUGCUCAAAUGAUCCCUGCCAGAGGUUUGGCCCAGACCAAAUGGCACACUUCAGAGUCUGAGAACAGGAGUUGUGAGCACAGGACUAUUCUCAGUAGGUAAUUUGAAUGCGGCCACCUUGUUUUGAAGAGUAAUUGGGGUGAAUUACCAUCCUAAGCUACUGAUUUUCCGUACUUUGUGGGUAUAUACUGCAUGCCAGUUCUGAUUUUCCUUCCGUCUGCACUAUGAAUUUGUUGCAAGAUGAUCAAACAACUUCUCUAGUUGGAAUUGGCUGGAUGGUCACAUUCAAAGAGUUGCUGUCAACCGUUCAGUAUCUGGGUUGAGACCAGGGACAAGUGGUGUCCACAGGAGUGGACAAGCAGUGACUGAGGCCAGUUAGCAUAUCACUAGCCACAGCUCACCUUGUGAAGUCGAGGGGUAAAACGGCAGGUAACCGGAACACCCUUACCAAACUGUCCCACGAUUCCCAUCUCAUGGCAGCAGUUUCACUCACACUCUGGGUCUCUUCUGUCUGUCUGUCUGUGCCUUCCUUCAGGGAAAGUCUCUGGCCAGCAAGCGCCUGACGGGCCUGAUGCAGUCCUCCUGACAACCACCCCACCAGUCUGCCGCCCCACCAGGGAGAGCGGGGUGCCACAGGGGACAGCAGGAUCAGAGAGCAGCUCAGCGAGGGACAGCCUGCCUGUCACCGAUUACAUCAACACUUUAUCUGCACAGCUUCGUAGGGACACAGAGCUCUGCACAGGGACUUGGAUUCCUGCUUGGAUUUGGAGGAGCACAAGCCACGAUACACAGGAAGCAACAAGGCAAGGGCUUGGUGUGUUGUUAUUUAAGGAAACAGACCUCACCACUGCUUGGAGAAAGAGGAACUGAGAGAGAUCAGUGGUUUUGCUUCACCUCUUCUCUUCCUAGCACAGACACAGCUGUAAAAGAUGCCACUGCAAUCCCAUUUGCUCCCUUUCCUGUGGCCAUCUGGAUCCAAUAAAAUAUCUGCUGGAAGCUGCUGCUCCUUUCCACAAAGUAUCAUAUGCAUCUCUCCUGCAGAUCCGUUGACUUUAGCUUUGUUUUUUCUUUCCUGUGUCUCUCCUCCUUUAAAAUAACGGGGGGAAAAAAGGCCCUCAUUAAGUUUGUCACUCACUGUCCUUCCAAUGGCAUGUAGCAUGUCCAAAGACGAUGGUCAGAUCCUCAUCCAAAGGCAGGAGACUUUGAGUGGCUUACAUCACAUGAGGAUCUGCCCCACUGCGUCAGACUGAUCUUGGUGCAAAUCCUCCGACAUCGGCAGGAUUGCUCUGCAUGUACGUUUAGUGCAAGACUGCCUGACGUAGUUGUGUUUUAGAUGUAUAAUGCACAUAUGCACAAACAAACAGACACACACAUGCGGUAUUUAAAAGUGAGUAGUUUUCUAUUGUAUUUGGUUUUCUAUUUAUUUGAGGUUUUGCAUACUUAUUCAAUGAUGGAUGUUCAAGUUUUACUUCGAAUAGGUAGAGUUGAACCACUUAGAGGAAAUUCAGCCCUAAUUAUAGAGGGCCAAAAUCUGUUCAUGCAUAUACAGGGAAAGGUAACUGCUGUGGGCAUGUGUAAUCAAGAGCAAAAUUCAGUCUGCAGCAAGGAGAGAUCUGAUGGAGAAGUGCUUGGCAGAAGCAGUUUGUGACUGGGCAGAUGCUUGGGUGCCUGUAAUUCAUCUGAUGUAGAGCCCGUGAAUACAACUGCAAGAGAUGACACAAUAGCUUGUUUCAGAAUGUUGGGAUUAUGGAGGUUAGGAUGAAGACAGAGCUGAAGUGACUUGGUUAAUGAUAAAACUCACAUUGUACUAGCUGCAGAUACAAAAAAUGGAUUGCAUUCACAUACAGUAUACUGCCUAUAUACAAAAUUUCCAAUUUCAAUUGACUUAGUACCACAAAACCUCCUAUCUUUUAUAAGCAGUUCAGAUCUGAAGUGUAUGUGAAAAUAGACACUUGGUCUUCUUCCCUCAUGCCAAGCCAAGCUGUUUUUUUUGUGCAGGUGGUAGAAAUUGCUAUAUGGCUACACGUCUGCAUUCCUAUCUAGGCAAAAUUAUCUAUCUCGCUAAGUAGACAGCUGGCUACCAACCGUAUUUAUUUCUGUGGCAAAUAUUAUCCUAAUAUCCGAGGCUAAUGUAUGCACAAAAUCAGGCCACCAUAGUUUCCAUCAGUAAAAGGACUUUCCCUCUUUACCCAUGAAUUUUCUCAUUUUGAUACCUCAAUUAUUUUUCCCAGACAGCUCCUGUUAUCAAUUUUACAUAAGGUCUAUAGGACUCUCUGCAUCUGCAUGACUGGUAGAGUACUGAGUAUGGUAUUUGUUGUUUACACUCACCUAGUUCCCAUAAUCAGCCUAUUAUCUGAGGGUCUUCAGACUUAAUUUGUCCUACAAUACAGGCCAAACGAGAGCUCCAGGACUGCGGAACUGUCAUGGCUGUGCCUGUACAUUCAGGUGGCAUUUUGCCUCUGACGGCGACAUUUGGACCUUUGCUGAUUGUCACUCAACUGUCUCAGCAGGACCUGUCCGUUCCAUGGUGACCACCCAGCCAAAGGCACCCCUCCGGCAAUAGCGGGUCUUUGUGCAACAGCCCCAGUCGUCCAGCCAUGCACACUCAUGCGAGCCCCCCUGUGCCACCCCUAAGAACAUGCUGUGUGCUGCCUGUAGGUAAUUUGCUGGGUUUGAACAGCUGAGAGCAUGGGGGAAACUACAGACAGCGAGCACGCAUAUGGGCAUACAUCAGGGGGCCUGGAUGCUGAACAGCUUGCCAUCUAAAUGCACACUCGCACAGCUAAUCUGCUCAGCAGUGGCGAGCCGAGCGGAUGGAGCUGCGUAUGCUCUGCAGAGGGGAGAGCUCCCCUCCUCGCUUCCUGCCCAAAUUUCUCUGAGACAAACAUCAUGAGAGCAGACAGGGCCUCCUCCCAGGAGCACAUACGAAUGGCUGUUCACGUGUCUUUUACUUCACAUAUGACAAUGCUAACGUGUAACUAUUUCCACGCAACCUUCAUCCUUGAAUUACUGCUCUUUAAUGACAUCACUUAUUGCAAGUGAUGCUUCUCUUGCGCGCUCGCCAGUGAGCACCACCCACUGAGUGCUGCAAGCAGUAAUCUGCUGCUUUAUAAGCAUCCAUGUCUUCCAGCUACCUCAUCACCCAGAAGAUGAGCUAGGAAAUCAGUUUUCCACCUCUCAUGUUCUCAAUGGCAUUGUUUCAAGGAAAAACAGGCUAGAAAGCUUUUACAAUCUCCAUGCUGUGAGAGCUAGCCACCAGGCAUCCCAUACCUGCAGGGCUAUGGCUGUGAAAUACAGCUGUACGCUGUUAUUUGGAUAAUGGAGUAUCCAGAGCAUUAAUGGCCAUCGUGGUGGACCAGCACCGGGACAAGCACGAGGAGGGUUUGACAGGUCAGUGCAAUGUUAGGCUAAGGCAAAUGGAUUAAUACAGUCUAUGUAUGUAUAACUCAGUGCUAAAAUCCCAUAGAGUACUGUAAUAAAAUGGUAGCAGGGCAGCCAUAAAAAGCCACAGUAAGCUGACAUAAUAAUACCAGGAUAAAUGUAGCAAUAAGGUAACACAGGCCGCUGCAGUAAAGUAGCAUUUUGGUAAUGCAGCAAUAAGACACAACCAGAUGCUGCAGUAAACUAGUUUGGGGGAUGAAGCAGUAGUGAUGGCAUGUGUGGGCAACCUGUGGUAUAUUUGUGUCAGGUACUGCAGCAAUAAAGCCAACACAAGGUGUGCUAGUAAUAAGUUACUACAGUAAUAGCAACACGAUGCACUGUACAGCUAUAUCAGGAUGCUUCCAUGCUGAAGGCAAGUCCUACAAGACGUGGUAGUGAGAAUGAAGGCAACAUGUGCCCCAUUUCUGCAAAAAAAUGAGUCUAUUCUUUGCAUAGUAAAUAAGAUCCUGGAAUGGUCUCAUCAACACCAGUCCUGUUCACUCCUGCUUUCAAGAAAGCUGAGGUGAGAGCAUUCCUCCAUCCAAUCUCUUAUUUUGGUCUGGAAAUACAAACUUGACUCGUUGUCUUUUUGGACAGAUUUUCACAGAUGGUGAAGUUCUUCAGUCAGUCCUCACUCAGGUGACACUCUGGCGGUUCAUUGGUCUUUUGCCUUGGGAAGGCUUUGGCUAUGUCAUCUUCUGGAAUGGGUGGUGCUUUCAGCCUACAGCUAUUUCUGUUUUGGGGUGGGGAUGGGAAACCAGGUACAGGAUAUCUGACUGUACUGUCCUGUUUCCUGAAAUGCACAAAUAAAUUGAGCAUCCUGGAAAAGUCAAA